CCCGGGACCCCAAGGAGGACGCCGGCCACCUGGAAACCUCGGGGACCUGGAGGGGCGGGGCUGAGCGAGCUCCGGGGCUGGCCCGCCUCUCUGAGGCUUCGCUGAAAGACUGCAGGGCAAAGGGGGAGGGUCUCGAACACUGUCCUGCUCCUCUGAGAGAGGGACCCUGCCGGGUGGAAAUCCGGCAUCAGCGAGCCGCAGAAACCCGCGGCAAACACCAUGGAACGAGCGGGCCCCAGCUCCGUGCAGUCGCAGCAGCAGCGGGACCAGGACUGGGUGGAAGCGUGGCUGGAUGAUCACCGGGACUUUACCUUCUCUUACUUUGUUAGAAAGGCCACCAGAGACAUGGUCAAUGCAUGGUUUUCAGAGAGAGUUCACAACAUUCCUGUGUGCAAGGAAGGCAUCCGGGCCCACACCGAGUCCUGCUCUUGCUCUCUGCCUCAAAGUCCUCAUGCAGAUAAUACCACCCCUGGAGCACCAGCCAGAAAAAUCUCUGCCUCUGAAUUUGACCGACCUCUUAGACCCAUUGUUGUCAAGGAUUCUGAGGGAACUGUGAGCUUUCUCUCUGACUCAGGAAAAAAGGAACAGAUGCCACUAACCUCUCCAAGAUUUGAUAGUGAUGAAGGGGACCAGUGCUCAAGACUCUUGGAACUAGUAAAAGAUAUUUCCAGUCAUUUGGAUGUCACAGCCUUGUGUCACAAAAUUUUCUUGCAUAUCCAUGGACUUAUCUCUGCUGAUCGCUAUUCCCUGUUCCUUGUCUGUGAGGACAGCUCUAAAGACAAAUUUCUCGUCAGUCGCCUCUUUGAUGUUGCUGAAGGUUCAACACUGGAGGAAGCUUCAAAUAACUGUAUCCGUUUAGAAUGGAACAAAGGCAUUGUGGGACAUGUGGCAGCUUUUGGAGAGCCCUUGAACAUCAAAGAUGCCUAUGAGGAUCCCCGGUUCAAUGCAGAAGUUGACCAAAUUACAGGCUACAAGACACAAAGUAUCCUUUGUAUGCCAAUUAAGAACCACAGGGAAGAGGUCGUUGGUGUAGCUCAGGCCAUCAACAAGAAAUCAGGAAACGGUGGGACGUUCACUGAAAAGGAUGAAAAGGACUUUGCUGCCUAUCUGGCAUUUUGUGGUAUUGUUCUUCACAACGCCCAGCUCUAUGAAACGUCACUGCUGGAGAACAAAAGAAAUCAGGUAUUACUUGACCUUGCUAGCUUAAUUUUCGAGGAGCAGCAGUCAUUGGAAGUAAUUCUGAAGAAAAUAGCUGCCACCAUUAUCUCCUUCAUGCAGGUGCAGAAGUGCACCAUCUUCAUCGUGGAUGAAGACUGCCCUGACUCGUUCUCUCGUGUGUUUCACAUGGAGUGUGAGGAAGUAGGGAAAUCCUCCGAUCCUUUGACAAGGGAGCACGAUGCAAACAAAAUCAAUUACAUGUACGCUCAGUAUGUCAAAAACACGAUGGAGCCACUUAAUAUCCCAGACGUCACCAAGGACAACAGAUUUCCCUGGACAAAUGAAAACAUGGGCCAUGUAAACACGCACUGCAUCAGAAGUUUGCUUUGCACGCCUAUAAAAAAUGGGAAGAAGAACAAAGUCAUAGGGGUUUGCCAACUUGUUAAUAAGAUGGAGGAGAAUACUGGCAAGAUUAAGGCUUUCAACCAAAAUGAUGAACAAUUCCUGGAGGCUUUUGUCAUCUUCUGUGGCUUGGGGAUCCAGAACACACAGAUGUAUGAAGCGGUGGAGAGAGCCAUGGCCAAGCAGAUGGUGACGUUGGAGGUCCUGUCUUAUCACGCAUCAGCGGCGGAGGAAGAAACAAGGGAGCUCCAGGCUCUUGCGGCUGCUGUGGUACCGUCUGCCCAAACCCUUAAAAUUACCGACUUCAGCUUCAGUGACUUCGAGCUGUCUGAUCUGGAAACAGCGCUGUGUACAAUUCGGAUGUUCACUGACCUCAACCUUGUGCAGAACUUCCAGAUGAAACAUGAGGUUCUUUGCCGAUGGAUUUUGAGUGUCAAGAAGAAUUAUCGGAAGAACGUUGCCUACCACAAUUGGAGGCACGCCUUUAACACGGCACAGUGCAUGUUUGCUGCUCUGAAAGCAGGCAAGAUUCAGAACAAGUUGACGGAUCUGGAGACGCUUGCAUUGCUGAUUGCCGCUUUAAGCCAUGAUUUGGACCAUCGUGGUGUGAACAACUCAUACAUACAGCGGAGCGAACACCCCCUGGCCCAGCUGUACUGCCACUCCAUCAUGGAGCACCACCAUUUCGACCAGUGCUUGAUGAUUCUAAACAGCCCAGGCAACCAGAUCCUCAGUGGCCUCUCCAUUGAAGAAUAUAAGACCACAUUGAAAAUAAUCAAGCAAGCAAUUUUAGCCACUGACCUAGCACUGUACAUUAAGAGACGAGGAGAAUUUUUUGAACUUAUAAGAAAAAAUCAAUUCAGUUUUGAAGAUCCUCUUCAAAAGGAGUUGUUUCUGGCAAUGCUGAUGACUGCCUGUGAUCUCUCCGCCAUUACUAAGCCCUGGCCUAUUCAACAACGGAUAGCAGAACUCGUGGCAGCCGAAUUCUUUGAUCAAGGAGACAGAGAGAGAAAAGAACUUAACAUGGAGCCGGCUGAUCUAAUGAACAGGGAGAAGAAAAAUAAAAUCCCAAGUAUGCAAGUUGGGUUCAUAGACGCCAUCUGCUUGCAGCUGUAUGAGGCCCUGACCCACGUCUCAGAAGACUGUUUGCCCCUGCUGGAUGGCUGCAGGAAGAACAGACAGAAAUGGCAAGCCCUCGCAGACCAGCAGGAGAAGACGCUCCUUAAUGGGGAGAGCGGCCAGGCCAAGCGGGACUGACCUUCUCCCCCUCCUCCCCUCCCCCACCCCCACCGGGUGUUCGAACUGCCCUAGGCCUGGUUUCGCCAUACACUAUGCAGACUGUGCACUUUGCCACUGCUGUAUUUUAUUUUUGCACAACUUCUGAGAGCAUGAGGUGUUUCAGAGAUUGCUACCUACUCUCCGUGCUUUUGUUUUAUGCCACUGAAGUGGAGCCGUCAGUCAUGCCCACUCUAACACUUUGAUAAGAACGGUGUAAACUGCAUUCCUACACUCAGCUUGGUUAUGCCUGGGGAGUAUGAAUAACCGGCCUUUGUGUUUCUGAGUCACCAGUCUUUCAAACACGUUAGGAAUCGUUCUCGGAAGUGGGUUAGGGGUGAACUGAAUGUGUCCUGGGACAUUUAAAGCCAUCCUGAAAUUAACGCUGAGUGGAUGUUAGGGAGAAAUGAAUGUAUUUUAACUUGUUGGAAGUGUCUCAACCAAGUUAAAGAAUUGUGAAGCCAGGAAAUGUGGUACCUAAUUGCUCUGCUCUCUCUGGGAUGGAGAGAACUAGCAGUGCAUCCCAUCUAUGUGGCAGAACAAACUUAAGCGACAGCCCAUCCACGCAGUCUCCCUUCAGCGUGCAGUCUCAGCACUGCGCCUAACCCCCGGGCCAGAUGAUUCCUCCCCCCACUGACUGUCCUAAGAGAGAGUGCCUGUCAGACAUGGGAGGGCCCUGGAUAGCCCUCAGCCAAGAGAAAUGUUUUACUUGAAGGUCUUUCUGACAAUCCACUUUUUUAAACGCUGAAAACUUUUUAAACUCUC